CACAUACGUCCAUUAUCAGCCGUUUGUUGGCAGCUUAGCAGUUGCUAAGAAUGCUUUACUCUAAGUAACUAAACAGGCUGGUUUUAUGUUUCCUGCCUUGAGGACUAUUGUGUAAAGGAAAGGCAAAACAAUCUUGGAGUUUAUUGCACAGCAGUCACUGGCCUAUAGAUUAACUACUGCUGACAGGUCACAAGUUGAGCUGCUAAUCGAACAAAACUUAGUUAUUGGAAAGAAGAGUAGAAGAGAUAAGAAUUAACUUAAAACAGAAAAUAUGGAGCCUCCAGAAUGGCAGUCAGAUAUCCUAGAAUUGAAAGACAGUCCAGUUCAAAUUCUACAGGACCAAAAGGCCCAAGCUCAGUCAGUAAUGCAGAACCUUGAAUUGCAGCUCAAUGCUUUUGAAUGUCUAAGAAGAAACAUUCUGCAAAGUGAUAGCCAAGUCUUUCCAGCUUCUCCUACUAUCUAUAGUCCAACAUCCUACUCGAGGUUAAUAUCAUCUGAAAAAAGUAUACCUCCCCAGACUCUCAGUGAAUUCCUCCUGAAGGCAAAGGAUAACAAACAAGAUAGUCCUGAUGCUUCCCUGAAAGCCUAUAAGCUAGACAGCCCUGUUACAGACACAGCUAUAUCAUGGCACAGGAUAAUUCAUGUAGAUAAUGUGGAUGGUUUAGAAAGUGCAAACACAUUAGAAACUACAAAUGAGGCACCACUACUGCCAUCAGGAUUACAGUGCAAUGAUGAACUUGAGCAGUUACUGGAUAAUAUCAGUUCUGCAGGACAAAGACUGCAAAAAGAACUUGACAAAUCACAGAAUCAAAAGACAGUACUCGCUGCAGAACUCAGAGCAUUCAAGAAUGCCAAUAAAUGCUGCAAAGCAGGAAUAAAUGGUGGUGUUAUCACUAUUGCACCCGCCUGUUUACCACAAAAGCUUUUCACUGAUGAGUGCCCAGAAAAAGAAAAUGGCAUUCACAUUAAUAACACUGCAGAUCAUGAGCCACAAAGUGAAAAAGUACAAAAAGGUGUACUGCCCCUUGGAGAGGAACAUCUGAGUCUUCGUGGAAACCCUGUACUAGAUGGCCUCUCUACCAAAACUAAUACAAUAAAACCAGCUUUCAUUACACCUCUACAACAAGAAAAUGAGAGUCUUUUAAAAGUUGUAGCUAAGAUUGAAAAAGAAAAGUUGGAUCACAUUGUCAGUUUUAAAAAUUUAAAAGAGAUGGAAGAAAAAGCUUCUGUACAUCCAGUGGCCUUUAUGAUUAAUGUAGUAACCGAAAACAACAUGUUACAAGAAGAAAUUAAAGACAGAGAGAAACAUAUCAGGGAAUUAGAAAAUAUCUUACUUAUUAAGAUAGAAGAUAUCAAGAUGAAGCAGAAAUGUAAAAUUAGUUUACUAGAAGAAAAAUUGCAAUCAAAAAUGAAUGAAGUGUUUACUGCACAGCACAGCCUAAAUUGUCUGAAAGAAGCUCAUCAACAGCGGAUUGAAGAAGAACAGAAUAAAUUUAAAGAACUGGAAGCUGCCAGUAAGGCAUGCGCAGAUAACUUAAAAAAAGAAAUUUCUAUGAAUGAAGAAAAAAAUCAUGAAAAGGCAAAAGAGUAUAAUGAACUGAGAGAAAGAUUUUUGGAUGCUGAAAAAAAUAACAAAACAUUUCUUAAAGAGCUUAAGUUUAUAAUUGAAAAAUACAGAAAUCUUAAAAAGCAUGUAAAAACAUUAGAAGUUGAAAGGCACCAAAACUUCAACCACUUGAAAAGUAUUACUGAGACAUUAGAAAAAGCAAAUAAGGAAAAUCAGAAAUAUUAUAAUGAAUGCAUUCUUUUAAGGGAAGAAAAGGGAGAGUCUCUUAAAUUUCUAGAAGAAGCAAAAGAUAAAAUUAAUUCCCUUCAACAAGAGAGAUACAGAAUAGAUGAGGAAAAACAGAUUCUAGAACGGGAUAUGACAUUACUUAAGGAAAUUAAUACAGGCCAGGAAGAAAAAAUGAAGCUUAUAAAUGCUGAAUAUGAAACUGCUAAGAAGAUUUUAUCAGCUCACGAUUCAGAAAAAGAAACUUUACUUGAAUCAAUCAAAACAGGAAAAGAUGAAAUUGAAAAACUCCGGCUUCAAAAUGACAGAUAUUUAGCUGAUGCUGAAUACUUCAAACUUCAGAUUGAACAAAUUGAGUUGGAAAAUAAAAAGAUGGAGAAAAAGUUCCAUGAUCAAUUGCAUCAAUUUCAAACAGAGCAUCGAGCCACUAAGAAGACAUUAAAGGAGUUACUCAAAGAACGUGAAGCCUUGGCAAAAAUGGUAAAUAAUCUUAAAGAGGACAAAAAUCUUCUAAAGAAUGAACUGAAGGAGUAUGCUGAACAUAAAAACUUGUAUGAGGAGGAAAGUAAAAAGCUAUUUGCAGAAAUUGAUAAACUCAAGGAAAAUGUAGCAGUUAUGGAAAAAGAAAAUUUUAUUCUAAAACUGGAACUCAGUGAAAUGCAAAAUAAUUACCUAAGCAUGAGUGACCGCAUAACUGCCCGACUUAAUGGGUUCUACACUGAUGAGUUUCAGAAAGAUGACCAAGAAGCAGAGGAAAAACUGAAGAAAAGUAGUGGUUCAGCUAAAUUAUUAAUACAGGACCACAGCAAUCUGCAGAACAUCCCUGUUAUGGAAGAAAACAGAAAACUGUUCAGAUCUUCAGCAUCCAACCUUUCAGAACUUUAAACAUCAAAAAGGAUAUCCACUAUAAAAACACCAUGAAUCUCAGCAUACUGUUUUGAGCAAUUAUACUAACGUGUUUCAUCCAUUCAUGAAACUAUGUUAGAGUACAGUUGUUUUACAUUUCAGCCAAGAAUAAUUUAAUAUAUUUAAACAAUAUCAAAUAUUUAAUAGGUUCUGAGUAAGAAGAGAUGGAAAGAAUAAAUUAAUAUUUUAUCUAAUAAAUACAUAAAAUAAUGAAUUUACAUCUACCAAUUUAAAUAUUAUUUUCCAGUCAUUAGUUUCUUUUCUUUGCUGUUGCAGCAUAUAAUACUGCAAUUAAGACUGUUCCCUGCUCACCAUACGCCAUUUUAGUUGCUGUGUUAUGAUACUGCUAAGUGAUGGUAUUAUAAGUUUCAAGUGAUCUUUAAUGCAAAUACUGUAGUAGGGCUACUAAAUGUGCUACUGGCAUUUUCAUUUGCAGUCUAAUGUAUAGUAAAUAAUAGAAAAUGUGUUACAUUCAUAAGAUAAAAGGGAAUGGUGAGGUCCUGCCUAAUGCAUGAUGUCUUUGCUGUAUAAAUCUAAUAUAGUUUUCAGAAGAAACUGAACACAGCUAUAUAAAAAUGAAAUAAGUGAGUUGGUGUUUUUUGAUUACCUUUGAAUUCCUUAACUCAAUAAACCCUUUUGACACCUCCAAGUUUUUCUGUGAGGUCAUCCUAGUGACACCUGUAGGCAUCUAUUAAUGCCUGUUCAUAUUUAUAUUAGUAAUUCCAAAGCCAUGCUACAUACAAGCUAUUGAAAGAUUGCAUCUUAAAGGCUAUAUUAUGGGUAGUAUGACUGCAUUGUCAUUUGAUGUCUGUAUAAUACAGCUAAUGAGGCAUUAAAUGUUGUUAUAUGCUAUUUAUUUAUAUUAUGAUAAUUCUCAUAAUUCUUUAAUUAUCUCAACAAGCAAGUGACACAGACCUGAAUGGCCUCAUAUGAAAGUUAUUAUCAGGAUGAAUGAAAUACCUCUAACACUAUGUGUGUAUAG